AUGCCUGUAGCAUUUUGUGCUUAUAUACAAGAUUGUGGUUAUGGUGAUAGUUUCAAACGUGCAUUAUUUUACACUAGUAAACAGCAUAAUUUUCCACAACGUGCUGCUUGCAUAACCAUUCUAUCGAUGUUUGGUGAGUUAACAGUUGAAUUAUGUGAAAUGAUCAUUGUUGCACUACAAGAUGAUUCUCAUAUUCAAAAUACUUGUUAUAAAUGUUUGACACGUAUUAAUUCUAUCAAAGAUGAAAAAGUUGUUUUAAAUCUAUUAUUUUCUUACUUGAAAUCAAAAUCAAUGAAUAUUCGAUAUAUUACAACUAAAUUACUUAUUCAUCUUUCUCAAUCUUCUCUCGUGUCAUCUGAACAGGUUCAAAGGGCAUUGAAUGAUCUUAUAUUAGAUCCUAGUUCAAACGAAAGUCUAUGGUUAAUUGAAGAGCAAGAGAAUACGCAGAGCGAAUGUCAUUAUUAUUAUGUUGGAGCAUUGAAAGAUGUUAUUUACUCUUUACUUAUUCAACAUUUAACUAGAGAAAAAAAUGGAAUGAUUCGAAGAAAUGAAUUGAAUGAUAUUGACUCAGCUUUUAUCGAAGCUGAGAGUGCAUCACGUGUAGCAUCAUGUGUUUAUGAGACGAAAAGAGAAGAGAGUUUGGAAAUUGAAAAACCUUCUAAAAUCAAAUCAAUUGACUAA